GUGUUCAAUGGAUGAUUUUAAUUAAUACCCGCCCAAUAGUUUUUACAUUUUUACAUAUCGGUGGACAGCAAGGACAUUUAGGAUAUUAAAAGUGUCGGGAGAAAAGAAUUGUACUCUGAUAUAUCGGAUGCUUUUUAAAAUGUUGAGGAUAUUUCUCAUCAUCGCUCUCCUGGCAGCUGUACAAUGUAAAAGUGGGUUUGGAAAUUUUCAUACUGAUUACUACGAUGGAGAAUACGAAUCGGAAUCGGAAUCCAGCGAAUCUUCAAGCGAGUCCUCCAGUGAAUCCUCUCAUGAAACCUCAAGUGAAACCUCUACCAGUGAGAAUACCCCAAGCGAGCCACCGCCCUUUCCGUGUACCCCGGUCGACGUCGGCCAGUGUUGUGACGACUGCCCAUACUGUAAAGAUGAAAAUGCCAUAUGUGACAUGUACGGACAUGGUAAAAUGUGCAUCUGCAAUGAAAGCUUCAUAUUCGACUAUGGAUGCAAGAAGUGCGUUCCUGAAACUAUAUCCUCUACUCCGACGACGCAGAUGACAUUGCAGACGACGCUGGAGACGACGUGUCUGCAGCCGACACCCCAGACGACGCCGCAAACGACAACACUGACGACACUGUAUACGACGCUGCAGACGACGAUUACACCACAAAUGUGUACCUGUGGUGGAAAUCAGCUGGGUGAUCAUUGCUGCUACCAAAAAACUCAAACUGACGAAUGUACUGACAGAGACAUCCUCACCGAGUGCGACAGGGUCGAAAAAAUAUGUGUUUGUAAGCCUGGCAGGGAACCAGUCGAUGGCUUUUGCUGUACUUUAUGUCCUGGGGAUAUGCAAUGCUGUCUUAACGAGAACGGCUGCGGAAUGGUGCAAAAGGGGGAUUGUUACUGUUUUAACGGCAUCUCGGAUGACUAUUCAGAAUGCUGUCCAACCUUUUGCGGGAGUGGUUUUUGUUCGGCGGCUGAUCCCUAUAUAUGUAAUCCAUGAGAGCAGACGGGUAAAGGCGGAGGUAGAGGCUAUUCAGGCGCAUGAUGUGUAAAAAACAUGUCAUGAUGAUAUCGUUCUGGCACCAUAUACUAAAAUUCAUUUUAAAACAUGAUUAUACUUAAUGAUACUUAAUGGAAUCGAUCACUAUGUACAUUGAUGUAACAUGAGGUUGUAGUCUGUGCUAAAAGUAGUUCCAUGGUAUUUAUUUCUGUGUAUAAUGAUAUUCCGUAAGUCCGAAGUAUGUGUACAUUGAAAUUCCCUGGGAUCGAAUUAUGUGUACAUUGAUAUCAAAUGAGAUUAAAGUAGGUGUACAUCUAUGUAAUAUCUGAUUAAUCUCUGUGUAUAUUGAUACCACACGGGAUUUAACUUUGUGUACAUUGAUGUUCCAUACUAUUGAACGCUGUGUACAAUAAGGUUUAAUGGUAUAGAAAUAUGUGUACAUUGUGAUUCCAUGCGAUUGAACUCUUUGUACAUUGAUAUCCCAUAAUAUGGAAUUAUGUGUACUUAAAGGUUCCAUGGCAGUAAUAUAUGUGUACAUUAAUAUCCCAUAAUAUGGAAUUAUGUGUACUUUAGGGUUCCAUGGUAGUGAUCCCUGUGUACAUUGAUAUCCCAUAAUAUGGAAUAAUGUGUACUUUAGGGUUACAUUGUAGUGAUCUAUGUGUACAUUGAUAUCCCAUAAUAUGGAAUUAUGUGUACUUUAGGGUUCCAUUGUAGUGAUCUAUGUGUACAUUGAUAUCCCAUAAUAUGGAAUUAUGUGUACUUUAGGGUUCCAUGGACUUGAACUCUGUGUACAUUGAUAUCCCGUGCAGUUGACGUCUGUGUACACUGCGGUCCCAUGGGAUUGAACACUGUGCACAUUGAUAUCCCAUGGACUUAAUUUCUGUGUACAUCAAGGUCCCCUUGCUUAAGGGCUUGGAGCUAUUAAUGAUUCCUUUGUAUUCAGUGAAAGUUGACAUUUAAGUAUUAAACUACAAUUUUGUUUUAAAUUGAUAUUAUAUGACGUGACUGCUUCCAGUUAAUAUUAUGUUUUAAAAGUGUUUUAGUCUGAAACGUGCUCCCUCUCUCUAAUUCUCUCUCUCUCUCUCUCUCUCUCUCUCUCUCUCUCUACAUGAUUGUGGAUGAACACUUUGGCGGCAUUGACCGUAACUAUGCAAUGUCCAUAUAUGAGGCUUGGAAAAUAAAAAACUCAUAGUGCAUACUUAGGCCUAAAAAAAUAUAUGUCUGUUUCGGGUAACCCGACCCUACCUAUAAAAAUGCGCCGACCCUAACUAUUUUUUUCCGUUUCUGAGCAAAAAAAUAUUCGUUAGCGAAUAGAGAGUUACGAAGGGCGGAUAAAUGCGAAAUGGACGAUCAGAAUUAUUGUUUAUAUGAUAAAACAAAGUCAGGCAAUGACAGUAAUGUAGGAAUGACUGCCAUGUGCAAGGAAACACUCUGAACUUACGACAGAUUUUGAAAAAAAAAAUCCCUACCUACCCUACCAAGAAAUUUUGGGAAGGUUACCCUAAACAAACAUUUUUUUUGGCCUUACAGAGUGAGAGUGUGUAAGAUCUCUAAUCCAUCAAAAUGACUGUACGAGGAAGAGUAGCGUUUCUUUUGAUAUAUUUCGGUGGUGGUUUAAUUAUUAUAAUGUUUAUAGAAGUAAUUUUGUAAUCUGAACAACUCGGCCAUCUCCGGUAAAAUAAAAGCUGUUGGAUAAUGGCCAAGUGUUCCGAUUAGUAGAAUUGUUUGACUUUUUAAAAGAUAUGUUUGUUAGUUUAAAAUGCAAAAAUUGUUUUGUCACAAUAUCAGGCUGUCGAACUCACGAAAUUUCUACGGAUUAUUAAAAUAAAUAAACAAGAUCAGAAUACUAAGACUGUAAACCUCAUUAGUACAAUGUAUAUAUGAUGAAUUUUCAUGUUAACUCCAAUAAUACUAUACAUAUAUAUGAUAAAUAAUGGUGUCACCCUCAGUAUAACAAUGCAUAUCUAGGAUUAAUAAUGAUGUCGCCCUCAGUAAAACAAUGUAUAUCUAGGAGUAAUAAUGAUAUCACCCUCAGUAAAACAAUGUAUAUCUAGGAGUAAUAAUGAUGUCACCCUCAGUAAAACAAUGCAUAUCUAGGAGUAAUAAUGAUGUCACCCUCAGUAAAACAAUGUAUAUCUAGGAGUAAUAAUGAUGUCACCCUCAGUAAAACAAUGCAUAUCUAGGAGUAAUAAUGGUGUCACCCUCAGUAUAACAAUGUAUAUCUAGGAGUAAUAAUGAUGUCACCCGUAAUAAUGAUGUCACCCUCAGUAUAACAAUGCACAACUUGGAUUAAUAAUGAUUUCACCCUCAGGAAAACAUUGCACAUCUGGGAUUAAUAAUGGUGCCACCUUCAGUAAAACAAUGUAUAUCUAGGAUUAAUAAUGAUGUCACCCUCAGUAUAACAAUGCACAUCUGGAAUUGAUAAUGAUGUCACCCUCAGUAUAACAAUGCACACCACGGGUAGAAGUACAACGCGUAUCUACGAUAAAUAUGAACGCUAACCUUGUUAUAAAAAUUAAAGCUAAAUGUACAGUGCAUAUUUAUUAUAAGUAUAAUGGUAACAUCAUUAGUACAUUGAAUAUCUAUGAACAAAUAUGAUGUUACCCACAGUAAUACAACGCAUAUCUUUGAUAAAUAUUAAUGGUAACCUUUUUAGUACAAUGUAUAUUUAUGAUCAAUAAUAAUGAUAUCCUCAUUUAGUACAAUGAAUAUCUAUGAUAAAUUAAUGUUUACCUCAUAAGUACAAUGAAUAUAUCAAUGGUGAAUCAUGAUGUUAACCUCAAUAUAGCUAUGCAUAUCUAUGAUAAAUAAUGAUGUUACCCUCAAUACUAAAAUGCAGUUCUAAAUUAAAUUAUUAUGUACCUAAAACGUGCAAUGCAUGUCUAUGUCUAAUAAUGAUCUUAACCUCAAUAUAACAAUGCAUGUCUAUGUCUAAUAAUGAUCUUAACCUCAAUAUAACUAUGCAUGUCUAUGUCUAAUAAUGAUCUUAACCUCAAUAUAACUAUGCAUGUCUAUGUCUAAUAAUGAUCUUAACCUCAAUAUAACAAUGCAUGUCUAUGUCUAAUAAUGAUCUUAACCUCAAUAUAACAAUGCAUGUCUAUGUCUAAUAAUGAUCUUAACCUCAAUAUAACUAUGCAUGUCUAUGUCUAAUAAUGAUCUUAACCUCAAUAUAACAAUGCAUGUCUAUGUCUAAUAAUGAUCUUAACCUCAAUAUAACUAUGCGUGUAUAUGUCUAAUAAUGACUUAACCUCAAUAUAGCUAUGGAUGUCUAUGGUUAAUAAUGAUCUUAGCCUCAAUAACACUAUGCAUAUAUAUGCCCAUAAUGAUACUACCAUCAAUAGUACUAUGCAUAUAUGUAAUACAUCAUGACAUGAUAUUUUGUGCGUAAUGAUCAAUGGACUAUUGACAGUAUUGGUGUGAUGACGAAUUUCAUAUGUAUAACAGUAAUAAUAUUUCAAGAUUUUUUUUCUUACUAGGACAUUUCAGCUUAUAAAUGUUAAACUACGAUGAACUUCGAAUAGUGGUGUAUUUAGUUCUAUCGAAAACAAGGGUCAAAAUCGAGAAGUUUGUUCUGACUAUUCUCCGAGGUAAAUACUUAUAAAACAAAACGUUUUUAAAGAACUUAAUAUGCCAUUAAGCUUUUAAAGUUAAAAUGAAUCAGUCGAUGUGUCUUAUCGUUCUUUAACUUAUUGAAAAGAAUAAACAUUAUAAAUAAAA